GAAAAAUCAAUCAGAACUACUAGUGUUGAUGCCCGCGGCACCGCGGAUAUAUUCUCGUUUAAAUCUUUCUAUCUAUGUGUAUGUGCUCAACUCGUUUUCCCCGACCAACGUCACCCGCCGAAGUUUGAGUGCUAUGUACGAUCGUAGUUUCUACUAAGUGAUUUGUUCGUUGCGUAGUUUUUUGCGAUAAUAGGUGCAGCAAGGACUGGCAUCUAUUUAGGUAUUGGUUUUACCCACUUCACACCUACUUGCAGGAGGAUGCUGACCUCUACCGCUGGGCGCGCUAUGCAGCACGUCGUUCGAAUGCUUCUGGUGCCGGCGCCGGGGUCUUUGGUACUACAAAGUUUUCUGCCAAGAUUAUCCUUGGGAUACACCUUCCGUACCGGUUUGAAAAGAAGCUCCCGCCACGUUAAGACCCUUCCGGUGACGACGAAGAAAGCAAGUGCAAGACCGAUUCUACCCAGGAGAGAAAGGACGCGGCGACAGCAAAAAAAGACGAAAGAAGAGUAUAGCACGCACGAAAAUUUCCUUCAAGCCAGCUCUUCCAUCAAGCAGCAACGCCGUCUACAGUACGAAGAGCGUAAAAUAAGAACAAAGCAUGGCAUAGUUGAGCGCAACCAAGACGGGAGCUCCGGCAUCACGUCUAACCCCAAAAGUGAUAGCACCGAAAAGUACAGUGGGCAAAGUUACAGCACGGGUAAAGAUUUGGUUCCUCCACUCGCUCCGACUGCAAGUUUACUGCAAAUGAGUUUCAAGAAGGACCAGGACCAGGAGCAAUUGCAAUACGCCGCACAGGAUUAUUUGGACAGGACGGAAGAAAAUGUGCUGGCUUUGCGGAAUGAAAUACUGGACAUCGCAACCACUUGCGCAGGCAACCCUCAAUAUUAUGCUCCGCAAGAGGAAGCCUAUGCUUCGUUGGGGGUCUGCGAUGCGCAUGCGACGGAUGGUGGCUGUUUUGAGUUCAAGAAUAGAGUCGUUGUGAAUUACAACAAAGUAGGGAUCCGAGACAACGCGGAGUGCUUGCAGCGCGGCAUUGCGCGCCUUUUCCUAGAUGAAGCCCACAAGGACUCGUCCGAUGCGCUUCUGCGACAGCCGAUCACACAGGACACGAAGGAUUUGGCGAGCUCGGAUCUUGGCUUUGCAACCGUGGUGCUCGAGCCCAGCAGUGGCACAACGCCUGCAUCUUCGAGGGAUACUAGUGUUGCGGUCGUGCGUUGGCCGCAUUCGCACAGUGAAGAAAUGAAGGUCAACCACGCCUACACGGCACCAGCGGACGCCGCGCACGAGGUCUUGCAGUCAAGAGUGGAAGAUGGUAAGGAGGUCAAGUAUCUGCAGAACCCGCUGCGGAAUCACGAUUCGAGAAGUAUCAACGCGCCCUGGUACGUGCGGACGCGAACCGGGGGCGUCAGAAAGAACGUCGUGUUGUCUUUGGACGUAUCGAAAUCGAUGGAGCUCAGUGAUUCCUGGCCGAUCGCGCUGGAUGCCGUCAAAGCAGUGCUCGACUCCCUGGAUAUCAGAGACCGGUUUUUUGUCUCCACGUUCGAACACACCGUGCAAUUUUCCGCAUUCGAGUUUGUGCACGCGACGCCAGCAAACGUCGCACGUGUCAAGCAGUUGCUAGAAAACAAGUAUCCGUUUGGGGGCAUAAACGUGCGUCCCGACUCGGAGUUCGCUAUUGGCACGUCGAUUGUGAUCGGUACGCUGGGCGUGGUGCCAGGGGCAUGGCGUGACAAGUUUCGGGAUAGUAACGACGGCGCGGAUCCUAGGAAGUGGAAAUUUGCUGUUGCAGUUUUUGUUCCUGCUGUGCUUCAUCCCCGCACAGAAGUGGUGGCCACCUCACGGCUAGUCAAUUUCUCUUGCAUGACGUUGAAUUAGAAUUGAUGCUGAAGUUGGUGUAUCAUUGCACGAGACGAAAAAUGAUGUGCAAUGUCACCCCCACACCAUGGAAGCAGCAAUUGUACUAUCUGCUUUAUUGCAUUUCCAUCGUCGAAAAAAACAACAAGCGAAUCAAGCGAUGACAAUCUGCAUGCUGAUCCCCAUGAUCUUCAGCAUGGCGAAGAAGAUUAUAGAAAAAGGAAUCACAUAAUCAUUUGUUUCUCACACAACGGACAUAUAUACGUCUACGUCCGGGUUAGAGGCUGGAGAACGAACCAGCAACGCAGUAAAUUUCCAUUGCAUACAAUCCCCUGCUGUGGGCUUACCACCGGACGGUCAUUUAGCGGAUAGGACGUGUCCAUCGAAGUCGUCCACUGUGUGUGAACAGACUGUCGUGUUAAUCAUGACCGAUGAAGACUACAGCGAUCAGUACGCGAGAGAUGGCUCUGGCGAGCUGUUGAGCCACUGGGAUGGCCUUGACCAUUGGGACCAACAUGGAACUGCGAUUACGUGGCAUGGCUACGAUACGUGGAUCAAAGAUCUGCUACAAAGUACAGCGCGAAUAACAGGCUCACAGGGUCAGCAGGGAGGAGCUUCUCAGGAGCCGGCUGUGUACCUAGACAUCUAUAGGUUUUACCGCGAGGAAGAAGAGCCACCGAUCGAUCUGAGCCAAAAAGUAUACACAGACAUCACUGCGCAGUUCGGUGGCGAGGUAAGGCUGGCGAAGCACAGCGACAACGAAUUGCUACAGUCGAUGGGAACCUAUUGGCGGAGACUGCGGGACGCUGGGGCUUCAGAAGAGAGCCCCAGCACUUCUAUCAUUUGGUCCGCCCAUGAGGACGUGGAAGGGUACCACCUGAAUGCCUGUGUAGCGAUCGACCUCCGCGGGACCAGUGAUUUGCAAGGCGUUGUCUGUCUCGACCCGCGCGCUGCGUUAUCGCUCAGCAUGCAGCAGUUACGAUGUUUGGAAGGUUUUGACGUGGCUGUAACCGAAAUGCUUGCGCGGACCGAUGCCGGUACGUGCAGCAUAAAUUCGCAACAGGCGGUGCGGGAAGCAUACUGCGAAAAUUUAGAAGCGAGCCUGGCCGGCUCAGGGGGUUACAACGUUGUGGUGCCGUAUCAACUGAUAUUGGGAGACAACUGGAGCUCAUGGAAUGAGCUGUCUGCUGCGACCGAAGAGGACUGUGCGGAGCCCUCCGCGUGUCCCGACCAAAAACGAGUGAAAUUCACAUCGAGCUGGCAGAGGCAUCGCGGACAACUCUUAGACGCCAUGAGCGCGGGAAUCCUCACCGCCGGGCCUGCGAACUGUGCGACCGAUACCGAGGGGGGCGGGGACGGGUCGUGCACCGCAGCUGCGCGAUACAUCCGGAACAACUUAUAUCCGGAUCCAGACCUGCAAGAGUCACAGUCAACUGGGACAAUCCACUACGACGAGUUGAAACAGCUCCCGCUUCCGGGGGGAAACCAGAAUAUAUGCACCGAAACUCGAACUCCGCCUCCGCCGGGCGACCUAGACGAAGGUACGUCCCCCGUGGAUGGCGGUUCCGGUUCCAGUCCGGAUGGUUCCGUGGGCGCUGGAAGCCCUGGGGAUCCGAGUGGGGCUGGCAA